AGUGAGUGAGGGCGCACGUCGCGUCCGCAGUGUUUACAAACGAGAUUUUCUCUAAAACAAUAGUAAAUGCAACAUGUGACAAAGUUUAAGUUGUUCCUGAAAAUACUGUUUCAGUGUUUGUGUCAAGUUUCCAAAGAUCCAAACAAUGAUACCAAGGUGCGUCAGUGUUAGUGCCAAAGUGUAGUGCCAAUGUAGCAAAAUGGGAUGCACUCCAAGUAUGCUGUUGGACCAUAAAAGUCGAAGGCGGGACAGCACCGGGUCCCAGGAGGCUGCCUUGGCUAAGGUGGCCCCGACUCCUGUGUGUCAGAACAAGGCUGUCCAGGCUGCGAGAGCUCCGAGGGCCUCUCUGGAGUCUGACGGCUUCAGCAUACAGUUAUCAAGCAAAAAGGACAGUUAUGUCUCCCAAAUGGGGAAUAACUUCGCCACGCAGCUACACAUCAAGCGCAUUUCGGGUAGUUCGAGUGGGUCUCCAGGCGCGCGCGCGGGUCGCCGCUCCUCCCUCGCUCUUACGCCUGAAGAUGAGCCUCUAGUCGAUGUCGCUAACAGAUCACCGCCUCCCGCACCAAUACCAUCAGCAAUCUUCUACGCACCGCCGGAACCACUAGAAUUACUAUGCGUAUUCCCGGAACGCGCCUCCCGCGUGUGCGCAGCAGCCUGCAACGCAGUAGCGCGCGCUGGCGGAGAGGCCCGGUCCGUGAGAAGCGCACGGGAAGCCCUCGAAGCAUUUCGCAGAGAUCUAGAAACGCGGAUUCCUCAUGUCGUCAUUGUUGAUGCACGGCAGCCGCAAAUUAUGGAUGCUACCUUACUAGCUAGAGCAAUACGAGGGCUGAAAAACACACAACACACCGUUUUGAUUGCAGUCGUUAAAAAAAGUGCAUACCUAAAGGAUGACUUUGCUGUUCUACCAUAUUUGGAAGCAGGCUUCAACAGAGUAAUGGUUGAAACACUAGGGUCAACCGCGUGGUGCGCUGAAGUACUGCAAGCUCGGUCAGCAGCGGCAAGUGCGCGUGCGCAGGUCGCCGCCGUCACUGCUCUCGCAGCUGCUGCAGAUCGCUGCAGGGACCUCGUUGCCGUCACUGAUGACCAGCAGAGGGUGCUUCUCACAAAUAAGUCUUGGUGCCGGGUCGUCGGAUGGAGGCCAGAUGAAGGGCCGCGAUCUUUUGCGGAAACCAUCGGAGGCGAAGGCCUACGGCUGGCUACUAGUGGAGCUAGGGACUGGGACGCACCUGUUAUGCUCAGGCGGAGGGCGUCUCCGGACCCCAUUCUGUUGGCCUGCAAAGGAGCUGCUGUAUCACUGACACGAAGUACAUCUCACAUAGUUUUCGUCUGCGAACCCAGUAACAUACCGGAAGUCGAGCGAGGCCGUGGUUCACUGCACUCCAUCAGACGUGGAUCUCUCGAUGUACGAUCUGUGGCGUCGGAUGGUUUAAGACGUACAUCGCUGGCUAAACUUCAAGGCCUGCCUUUAGAAGCUCCUAUAACAAAGGUGAUAUCUCUUCUGUCUACCGCGACAGAAGGUGCUCCACCCUCAACAGUGGCGUGCAUAGAGCGCGCAGUUGACAUGUUGAGGACUUCAGAACUGUACUCCCCUCAGAUGAGAGAAGACCCAAAAAUGCGGGCAGAAGACCCCAUUGCCACGGAUCUCAUUGGAGCUUUGCUUUCGCGGGAGCAAGUGAACGCAAACCUUAUUUAUAUGGGUACAUCCAACGUGUUGUCAUCGCGAAGAAGUAGCAAUGACUCAACAGUAAUUAGGUCGCAGACCAAUAGGAGCAACUUAAAACAUAAGCAAUCGUUACAGACAUCAGGACAACUCAGGGAGAUCCUAGAUACAGCCUUAUGUUGGGACUUUGAGAUAUUCCAUUUAGAAGAUUUGACCCGUGGAAGGCCGUUGACGCAUCUUGGCCUGACCUUGAUGGGAGGAAGGUUCGACAUCUGCGCAGCUCUCGAAUGCGACGAGAGGACGCUGCUUCAUUGGCUGACAAUCAUUGAGACAAAUUACCACGCAGUUAAUACGUACCAUAACUCUACACAUGCUGCAGAUGUCUUGCAGGCCGUGGCAUGCUUCAUAGAGAAGGACCGCCUAAAGAACCUCCUGGAACCUCUCGAAGCCGCAGCUGCUCUGAUCUCUGCAGCAGCCCACGACAUCGACCAUCCUGGGACCUCAUCAGCCUUUCUCUGCAACGCUCGCCAUUCGCUCGCCAUACUCUACAAUGACGUCGCCGUGCUUGAGUCUCAUCAUGCUGCUCUUACUUUUAAACUCACUCUUAAUGACGAUCGCGUGAACAUAUUCAAGAAUCUCGACCGUGACACGUUCAAGUCAGUACGGCACAACGUCAUCGACAUGAUUUUGGCCACGGAGAUGACCAAGCACUUUGAGCACUUGGCCAAGUUUGUCAACGUCUUCUACGCGAAGAGCACUGGUAGCAAAGAGGACGGAAUGCACACUGACGAACCACUAUCAUUGGACACAACGGCUCUGACGUCACAGGAAAACGUGAUCUUGGUGAAGAGGAUGAUGAUCAAAUGCGCGGACGUAUCUAAUGCCUCGCGACCUCAAAAGUUUGCGUUCGAAUGGGCCAGAAGGAUAGCAGAGGAGUACUUCCUCCAAACAGACGAGGAGAAGGCGAAAGAGCUCCCAGUGGUUAUGCCUAUGUUUGAUCGCGCCAGUUGCUCCAUCCCGCGCUCUCAGAUCGGAUUCAUAGACUAUAUUAUUAUUGACAUGAUGGAGGCAUGGUCUGCCUUCAUCGACAUGCCAGAAUUGGUGACGCAUGCCCGCAACAACCACCAACGCUGGCGGGAGUUGGACGAAGCCGGUGUCACCACCAUCGCUGAUGUUAAACGCGCUCAAAGACAAGCUUUGCCUCCUUCCACCUCACAGCCCACUGCCGAAGAGUAAAAAUAUAUUUAAAUUUAAUUAACUAAACAACCAUGUCGGCCAUUUAGCCCCAAGAUGGACUCUAAAGCCCCGUUUUGUCACAAGCGGCUUUUGUCUAAAAACCCUGGGGGGGGGUUAAAAGCAAUGUGCUGUUGCAAUUUAAAUUGGAUUAAAGUUCAGUCAUCCACUUUCUUCCUUCAUUACUCGAUAAACAGGUCCCGAUUAAUUACAUCUUCUAGACUCCUUUCUAAAAUUAUAAUUAAAGUAAAGACAAUUUUUGAAACUUAGCCAGCAUUCAUUAUAUUUUUUAAUUAAAUAUAAAUUACUUUUAACAGUCUUACUACAUUGUUUUAACUUAAUAACCGUCUUUUUAAAACAAAUAAACUUUACUUAUUAAAACAGAUUUCAGUGUCACUAUACUGUUCGCCUAGCUCUCACUCACAAUCAUCUUUCUCCAAUGAAUUUCCAAAUCGGGGCCAAAAAAUAGACUACUUCUACUAGAUAAACAAAUGUACGAAAUAUGCCAAAGUACUCGUACAAGGGGAGCGACUUUUCUGCAUUUGCAUUGAAUGUGAAUGUUUACGUAAAAAGUCUGAAACGGACAUAACCUACGGAUGUCCGGAAAUACGCUUAUUUUAUAUACUUAUAUCCGUGUUAGUAUAGUUCAAAUGUUACUAUCUACUUAGUGUUAAUCCCGUAUGUUUGUCACGAAUCGGUUUUAUUUUUCGAUGUUGUCUUUAAUAUUAGGGACAAUGAUACAGGAAUAAACUGGGAGAUGUGUUAUCAAGACUAAAGCCACAAAAAUAUAACUUUGUUUAACAUUUAUCCAACUUUUAAUCUAUUCUUAUGCAGUGUUUAUUUGUUUGCCUAAACAUGCUAAAGAAACUACUGAUUAGAAUUAAAUAAUUAAUUUUGGAUAUUAUUAGACAACUGAAUUAACACACAAUUACAUAGGUACUUUUCUCUGUGUGUAUUUGGGCUAACACAAAAUAUUUAUUCGGUUGACAACACAACUUUAGUUAAUAACACAUUUGUCUUUUUAUCCUUGUAUCAUUGAAAUAUUGUAUUCGAUGUACGGUUGCCAUUUAGACGGGUAUUGUUGUUUAGAUAAUAUAACCGUGACAGCAGUGCCAUAUUUGUUGUUGGCAACAUUUCUGUGACUUGUAAUUCAUCCCUGCGAACCAUGACAAGAAGCAGACACUUUAGAUUCAUGUCAAAUUGGUCCACAUAUACUUGAGCUUUGAGAAUAUUCCUAUUUUUAUACAAUAUUUUAUAACAUUUACCAAUCUCGGUCUGGUCAUAUCAAAAUUCAAAAUUUUUCGAACGUUUUGAACAGAAUUUUUCUAAUAAAGGAUGCUUUCUUUCAUUCCUUAUAUACAUGUAUUUUAUACUUACGUAGAAUAUAUUGAAUGUUAACAUAAUUUAUAAAGAUUAACGUCGCUUGGACCUUUUUCAUUUAAGUAUUUUCGAAUAAGGCUAACUUGUACUAAAUGUAGAUUGUAUUCGUCUAUAUGACGCUGGUAAUUUUACAAUAGGUUUAAUGUUUAAAUUAAUUAUUGAAUAUGACGCUUUCUCGUGCUCAAUGUCAAUAUAAACGGUCUAAUGUUAAUUGAUAGAUGUUGUAAUUACAUUUUGCCUUUUCGAUUAUUGUAAACAAUUCUUGCAACUUAUUAAGUAGAAUAUGGUGUUCAAUCUCAUAAUAUGACUGUGUGUUAUUGAUAAAAAUAUAUUUAACCGUUUUCGUAUACUAACAAAGCACAUUUUAGAGAUAAAUACAUAUUAUUUGCUAAGUAGCUCAAAUCGAAACUUGUCUUCUAAUCAAAAUCAUUUUGGAUUUAUAGCUAAUUAAUGGGCAUUUUUGGUUUAUUUCUUUUCGUUUUUGGAGUAUUGCCCAAAUUGUAUUCUUCGGCAAUAUUUCCAAGUACUGGCGACACUAGCUAUGUUUACAUUUCUUAUACUGCGUCGCCGAGUUGCUAGUCAAAUGAAUGGCUACUUCUGCAUUCUUCCUUUGUUUUUCUCCUAAUCCCAAGCAUACUUGGGAGUGCUGCACAAUAAGUAUCGUAAUUUUGAUGUAUAGUUGAAAGGGCUGGUCCCAAGCAUUGUGAAAACAGUGUUACUUAUAGAAAAACUAUUUGUACUAAUAAAUCUGUUAAUAUUAUCUCAUUGAAUAGCAAUCAAAACAUCUGAAGGACUAUGUAAUUUAUACU